AUGGAAAGCUUCAGCCUCUGCUCUUUUAUCCAUCCCUACUUGUCUUCUGGUGAACCCAUUGCCUUCAUGCCUCACCACAGUCCUCGCUGGCCGGAGAUAAAGGCCGUCCUGUCUAGAAUCGCCGCAACCUGUCGUAACAUCUUUCAUCUCGUCUCUCUGUUCGAUUACCUGGAACAUCUGGUGAACCUUGGUCCUCCCUCAACUGCGCUGCUGCAGUUGAUCCCCUCAAGGGAGACAUUUAUUGGCCUUGGAAACUACCUAUUCUACCACACCGCGGAGGAACAGAGGAAUUUUUUCUUCUCCAGUCUUUUGCCAAAGAUCCUAAACUAUGCAAUUGAGAUCGAAAAUGUUUUCCUCACCACACCCCUUGCGUACUCCAGGGCAUAUGAAGGUAUACACUGUUUUUGCUCACGAGUGUCACCUUCAGAAUUUGCCGUAUCAAUACCCAGGUCGCAUGUGGCCAGUUUGAUCGCCUGUUCCUUCCUAUGCCUUUAUCCCAACGCGGAGCGGCAGAACUGCCUCUUCAGUGAUGUCAACUUCACCUACUUCUUUCACGGGAUCACUUCCGAGUUUGCCUUCUAUUCUUCUCCUAACUGUCUCCUCUAGGUCAACUGCGCAGGUUGCUAAGCUGCAAGCCAUUUUGCAGUACUUUGCGUGUCUCUCCGAGCCCGAAGGAAUGCCCUCUCAACCAUCCCCCGCCUUCCGAAUAAUGCGGCGAUCUCUCCGACUGAAGACUUUCAACAACGGCAACCAAGCCUCUGUGGGUGAGGCGCAGUCUUUGCUCCCGUUCUACGGCAGGCAAUUUGUAGAUGCCCUCAGAGGAACUCGUUUACCGUUGGCUCUAGUUGAAAAUACCUGUGACAAAGAGACUGUAUCGGAAAUGUUCGAUUUGCCUAUUGUGAGUACUAUUUUAAGUCAAUGCCCUGCCUCUCUUGGUCAUUUGAAUAUGUUGAUCCUGAGAUCCGUUGCCAAGGAUUUCACGAUGUGCGCACUUUAUUUCUCAGCGUUGAAGUAGAUUGUCCGGGGCAGUAACAGAAUCAACUACUUGAGGUGUAUGGCACAGACCGACUGCUUACUUCUACUUCGACUGAUCGCUCUGACACGAGAAUAUGGAUCCUCCCUCAUUCCUCACCUUCCCACUUUCCUAGUACUACGAUUAGCCUCACACUAAAUUCCUAAUUCCAAUUAUAACCGUAACUCUAACCGCCCUUGGAUUUAGGAUGAGGUUAUCUGUAAUACGGAGGGUCCAUAUUCCAAUGCCCAACCGAGUGAUCUUCCAAAAUUAUGUUUUAACAGAAAUUGAGUUCUGGAAAAGACAUCUUGUCAUGUGCACGAAGUUAAAGUGGACGUUGGGUGGUGGACCUUUUUACGGUUACUCAUGGAAUAUUUGUGCAUCCUUGGAGAUCACGGGUGCGUUGAAGCGAAGGAUUACCUGCCUUUUAUUGGGACAAGAAUACACAGAUUUACAAACGAUAAUUUUCAUAGAAGAAAAAGUUUGUUUUUUGAUAAAACGUGCCUAUUCUCAUUUUGCCUCACGUGACUUACGCGGAUCAAAAAAUAAAUUUUCAAGUUGGUGACAGUAGUUUUAACAAACCUGUUCUAUUUACACGCACGCUAACGUGUAGUUGUGGUCUGCGCCCGUUUUUAAUAUUGGAACCUUGAUUAUUAGCUUCAUAUAAGCGUGUGUAUAUGUCGCGCCAGCCGACCUAGUCCUCUAUUCAUUUCUUCUGACGACCGGUCGGUGUCGCCGACCUGGAAAUUUACGCGUACAACUCGAUUUUCCGAAGAGCCUUCUCUUUUUCAUACAUAUAUAUAUCCCGAAUGAUAGAGAACACACGCGGCCCAGGUAAUUGAGUAGAAGAAGACGGGAAGGCGAUCGCUGGGACCAAUUAAUUAUUUAUCUGACUUUUCGAACUCUCGCGCGAGCCCAUCGUCAAGGAAUGAAAAAACUGUACAACUCGUCGUAUAUUUAGCUCACAUCUGCCGGGGGUGACCUCUAGCCGCGCUGCUGAUUUGUUCACGCAGUGCUUGAUAGGCGAUUGGCAGAUCGAUAUGUCGAUUAAUCGAGUCCUCGGUUGACUGUCACUCUUCCUGCAGCUGAAGAGCAACUCGGUCGUCCGACUGGCCCAAUAUUUUCACGCAUUGAAAGUCGAAGCCGUGUCCUGGCGAGGAGGCGUGUGCGGCUACCAAGGAGAGUUUACCCUUCCGUCUCACAGCCACCUCGUGUUCGUGCAAUCUCGUGCGUACCUGUUUGCCGGUUUCACCAACAUAAUUGGCUUGACCACAACUGCAGUCCGGUUUUGGUUACCCCUUCGGUUUCCUUGCCCGGGUUUCUCGCCUGCACUUUUCGACAAAAUUCCCAUGGUAGCCGUUCGCUGUGAAGCGUUUCCGCAGGAACCGGACCUCUGCCUUCUUGUCGGCUGGCUCAGUGCAAUGGGUUUCUACAUGCCGGUAGAGUGUUCACACACAGCUGCGUUUGUGCGAAAGGGGGUGGUUGCUAAGAAAACUUAGAAUACGGGAGGUAUUCGUCGAAGUGAUGGUUUCUUUCGACAUGAUAUCACUUACCGCCUGUUUAACGGUCGUUACCGAUCAUCAGUACGUCAAAGGACAUAACAAAUGAGGUAUACAAACAUGUCACUGUUGUGGCUUCCCGAUCUGCAGCGACAGAUAAUGACAGGUGGCGAGGCACUGAUGAACUUCGGUUCGAUAAAGUGCCUAUGCCCCAUCUGGUAGACCCCAGUGGUGGACCAACUGCGCCAGGUGCGUCUGUGCGCAUGUUUGCGUUCCUAGUCCCAGCUGCUGGUCAGGGUUAUGAUUGACUGAAUGAAGGCAGAAUAAGCCCGAAACAGUACUGUAUCAAUCUACCCGCAUUCUCUGUCGUCCCUCCUCGCUGCUAGUAUGACUUGGCCGACUUCGGCCAAGUAAUUGGUUGACUGUUCGUGACCUUUGCCACCCAUACGGAGCUUGUUUGCUUCGUGAAGCCAACAGAUCAGUGUCGCCCAUUCCUGAUUUAAUAUAUGUAUAUAUAUCCAUGUGAGUUAUAGUAGAGCGCGCUCACUAACCACGUUACGGGACUUGCUCGUCCCAAUGAUUGGAGCGCUGGACGAAUAAUCAUUUCAAAACUAUAUGGGCCCUAUAUGACAUCUUAGUAGUGUAAAAAAUGUGGGUUUUUUCCCUUACAGAAAGUAUGCAACAUUUAGUUUAGAAUGCCUAGGCGCAAGUUUAAUUGCAGGUAGAGUUCAGAAUGAUACGGGAAUUAAAGGAGUUUUAAAACUGAAUGAUACAAUUUCUCGAAGCAUGGUGUUUGAAACAGGCGUAAUUUGCCACAAAAUGAGUACAAGUAAGAACAUUUUGUGCAUUUUUUCUACAAAAUAUAUUUGACUUUAUAGGGGCAACGAGAAUCCAUGUGAGACAUCCGUACAACUUUAGUAGUCACUUUUUACUAAGUGUGCUUUUUGCGGCGACCGGAAAGAACCAAGUUCAAAAAUUUGUGUCCUGGCGUGACUAAAAUACCCUAGGAUUCUUCUGCACGAUAAUAAAUCUUACAACUCCACCUAACUAAUCUUUAAUUAAAAACGCAUUUCGGAAUUUCGGUUUACAUUUCAUGAGCUCGGCCAGGUGCUGUGUACAUAUACAUAUAUAUUCUCUGGAGAACAUGUACCAGAAACUGCAUAGAGGACGCUGGGGGACCCACUGAGAAACCGAACCCAUCGCAGCUGUGUCGCGCAGCGGCAGAAUAUCGGCUAAACGCAUGUCUGGCUUUUAACUAGUAUCUGUAUCAGGAAUGCGGUGUAGUAUCUUUGCCAUAUGUAUAUAAUGGUAGAGGGGCGCUCACCGAUUGUUUUACGGAACUCCUUCGUCCCGCUGUGCCUUAUGGCUCUCUCUCGAGCCCAACCAACAGCCGUACAGCAGCACAUGAUAUAGGCAGAAUGUUAUUACUGACAAAGACACGGGUGACUGAAAUGACCAUUUCUGGAUUAUUAUAGAAUAUGCGUGUAUACUUAUAUAUGAGGUAGUACCGACGAAGACAAGGAAGACCGAAAUAGCCAUUUCUGGUUGGUUAGCCUUCAUCAGCUAGUUAUACCCAACCCUAGGUGUGUUUACCUGGGACUCGAAUCUGGGAUCUUUGGUCAUUGAAUGUAACACUACCACUGAGCCACUAGCGUGUCCUCUUGUCCGUUUUGAUCGACAAUAUUAUGUUAUAGAUGUAGUCACCAAUCAGAUCUUUCCAUACUCCCUCCAAAGGUACUCACUAAAGGCUCAGACACGUGUUUUGCAGGUGAUUCUGCUACUACAUAACGCAGCUGCACGAAGUUCGGCUCCUCUGUGAGCCCGGCGGUGUUUCCUGUGCGAUUCCUUGUAUACGAACUCCAGGUUUAGCAUUUCGGAAAUUAGUAAGUGUAGGAAUAAUUGGACCACUUGUAGUUUUGACUUAUCUGCCAUACAGUUAGAUCUCAUACGCACCGUCCGCUCUUCCUGCAGAUCGACUUUGUGAAUUCCUACGUUGGUGGCGGUGCGCUGCGAGCCUCGGAACUCUCCUCCAAGUCGGUCUACUUCCGAUACCCCGAGACCCUGGUUGCACUGGCUCUCUGCUGCCGUCUGGAGGGUCCAGAGGCCCUCUGGAUCGAUAACUACCUCGGUCCUUUUGGACCAUCCGCGGAGGACCCUCUGGAGGGGGCAAAACCGCGCACUUUUCGGCGCCUUGUAGUCGCCAACUCCACUCGCUUCCCUGUCUGGGCCUCUGAACUGCAGUACUCUGAGGCCGGUAUCAUUGAAGACAUUGUUAAAACAACGGCUGGCCUUUUUCAGGUCGACCUGGAUGAUGAAGAAAUUGCCGUAUGUUACGAAGUCUCUGCUGUUUGCCUUCAAAGUCUAUGUCUGAUUUGUGUCUCUUUAUAGACGCAGAGUUUCGAAUUGGACGCUGGAUUUGGUUGCACGGAGGAGACAUCUGACCACGAAGCUGGGUAUAGUGCUGGACCAAUUUACCAGUCGAUCUAGAGUAGGAGGGGAGCUUCUAGACUGCCAGUUUAACGAUCACGUGGGGCUAAUUUACACUCGGCGUUUUCUUCUUUGCUGCAGACAGUUGUAAUUUUUAUUGUGAGAAUGCGUUCAAUGAUCCGGUUGCGGGACAUACUCGUCCCGUUGCGCCUUGUAGCCCAAUCCAGGUCCGUCGUAGGCAGUCACAUAACGACCACUAAUCAUGCAGGGGGGAGUGUUGUAGUCUCCGGGUCCCCUCAACAUCAGAGUAAUUUGUUCCCGCCAUUUCUCUGAACCCUAACACCUCCAAACCUUUCGCGAGUAUUCAAACCGGCGCGGUACCUCCAGGCUCUGCUCCUGCCUGCGUGCACAAUAGUGGGAUCUCUGAUCGGAUGGUUGUGAGUUCUGUGGUCGCCAGAAUGCGUGGUCUCGAUUCUUAGAAACCAGCUCUCUGUGUGUGUGCAUAGGAGAACCCCGUCCCAGCUGUACUUUUACCAUGACCAAUCGCAGGCCCGCUGACGUCGUAGGAACUAUCGACCCGAACGUGUGUCUUUUGCCCCCCCCCCGCUCUUUCGCACUGCCCUUUCGGUAUCUCUACGCUAGCUGAACCGAAACCCUCGGUAUCUACUGGUCGCGCACCCGAACUUCCAAUCCGAGAUGUCCUCAAGCACCCCCUCCCCCGCCUACGACCUCUUCUCUCCCAUGAACGAAUCAUGCGCUUCGAGGGGUGGACUGCUGGUGAAUUACUGAAGAGGACCUCUCGCCGACACGUUUCAUUUCCCCCAUACGAACUUGAAACAUGCCUGGAGCAGUUCGUGUGCACAUGUUAAAACAGACAUCUCAAAUAUGCGUGUCCCUCUGCUGUCGGAAUGCGUUUGCUAGAUGCGAGUGGUUGCCUCCAAAACGACGACAAGAAGCAAACCUUGCGUCUACUUCUUCUUCAGGAAAGUCUCGACUUUGCAUACUCGUCGAAAUCCUUGUAUUAAUUGCAGACUACUAGAUGGUCGCCGUUUAAUUAGUAGUACCUACAUAAAGACGGACAGAAUUUGUGGUUUAUGAAUUAACUUGAGGUCAUAUUAAGUGCCUAUCCAGUAUGUAUGGCUACCCCUCCUGAAAGACAUAGAAAUAGGGACUCCGCCAAUCCCGGGGAGUCGUGCACUAAUGUCAGGGGAUGUAGAGUUAAGGCUAGGGUCGGAGUUGAAUUUAGGGUUAGGGUCAGGGCACGGGAAUAUUUGCCCUGUAUUACCGGGUGAAGGACGAGGUGGGGUUCCUAUUCUCGUCUUAUCGUUCCUCCGUUUGAGUGCGCAUUUACUGAUUUCAGUGGGCAUUCCAUGAAGUCCAGUGUUCUGAGUCGGAAGUUGCCAUUCCAGUGUCCCUUAUCUCAUUUGGGGUUUUUUGCGAUUCACAGGCUUCUGGGCUACCUCCUCCAUUCAGCCCCGAGUGGUGGCUUCAACACUCAUCACAAUCCCUCACAGGUACGUGCAUGGAUACACCAGUUCUGCUCAAGCUAUUUGAAAUUCAUGAGCUCAAUUUAUUUGUGCUUUCAAACGGGUAAUUAUGACGCAGAACAGAAUGCAUACUUUAUACAAGUUCUAAAGGGAACCUAUCUCCUUGCUACCCUCUUUAUCGUACGCGCUUAAUGGGUCCACUCCUUCGAAAGAGGUCACCUUAUAAUUAAAUGCCACAUGUGGUAGAAGCAGCCUACGUAAUCUGCGCACAUUCGCUUAUGUUUCUUCCCCCGUCAGAACCAGAUGAUAUCCCUCCCCUUCGGAUAGAGUGCCAGUUGGUCGGCGGUGCUAAUCUGGCCCCCACUCGUGAGGCGCGGGCUGUCGACCGGUUUGCUCGUCUCCUCUCCAAAGCAACCCUUAAGGAGGCCUUACAGGCCUCCCGUCGGUGUCCCGUCCCCUCUUGGCCUCACCAUGGUCACCGGAGUCCUCUGAUGUGUACCCCCACAUCAUCAUCACGUAGAUCCCUAGGCCGCUGCCCCCAGUGCCGACAGGAGCCACCUGUUGCUGCCUCAUCCGCGUCCCUCUCGUGAGUUUGUGAAGUUGUAGGUAACCUCUCUGAUUUGCGACACUUGUUUAUCAUGUGCUGAAACUUUGCUACUAAUCGUUCUACAGAUGUCUUACACUGUUAACCCAGGGAGUUGUUUUCACUCUGUUCCAGGUUCCAAAAUCCCACAAAAAGGCCAGAGCCAAACAUACCCUCACGGUUGUUGAAGCCAGAUGGAAGUCUUUGUGAUUCCGACUCCGGCACUUCAUUUGGAGCAGUAUUAGAGGGUCUGCCGGACAAGUUCACUGAGACUGUGGGGCUUCUAGCCAGUGAAGUCAUGUCUGAUGUACGUGUGCCCCCGCCGAGCGGAGCCAUAGCCUUUACCCCCCCCCCCCCCCCCUGCCUUAAUUAUCUCCACUCCAACUUUCGAACUGCGCAUAUUCGCCUACUUGUUAUUUUUCAGUAACACUUUAUGAUCGUUUUUCAUAAGCUUGCGGAUCCACUGGUUACAUUCCUGGGCUUUCUUUUUCAGGCCAUCGGCACUGUUCGUAAGCGCCUGCGGGGCAUUUACGAGGUCUCAGAUAACCUAACUAAGUCCCUGCUAAAGGAAUGCCUCACCCCUUCUAUGAACGCGCGCGAUCCGACCUCGCCUAAAAACAUCCCUCUAAGGCACUUGCGCCCUCUCACCGUGGACAUACAGCCUCAGGUACGUGAGAUUCGUUCAUUCGAGGUUAGUGCUUUUUCUUCGCAUGUAUGAGGGAUCGCUGCAUCCACUGAAGUGUCUUGACAAUGCAGCCCUAAAAGGCAAGCCCAUUUUGAAGGCUUACCGGCAACAACAAGGGAGAUCGCGAUAUUCAUUUCUGGUUUAUCUACCCUUCUAAACAAAAAUGCUGCACCGCUUGAACCAUAGGCUCACGCCAUGUCAAUUGCGUCUUCUGCAUAUCAGUAAAAUUUCCAAAGUGCCUAUCUUUUUGUCAGCUUUAACUUAAGCUGCCUGUUCGAUGACAGAGUUGACUUUGGUUACCUAUAGGCUAAUCCUCCUCAACUACUAAAACAGUUCCGAGUUCUCGGAGCGUCGACCUGUCGUAGGACUCCAGGUCUAUUGACUCCCAUUGCACUGGGGAUGUCGCACCGCUGUCUCCUACCUCGGGUAAAACGUAGAUUCUCCCGUUCAGACGCUGUCACAGGGUUUGCGGAUCAAAUCGUCAACGUCACCGAGACUGACCUUUUCUUAAGUUGCACUCAUGGGGGAGGGGGGGGGGAUACUGUCCCUUAAAGUCAUAAAUUUUCCAGUCGGGAAGGUGAACUACUUUAGGCUGGUGGUGUGGGUGGCUGUGUUGAUGGUGAAUGCCCGUUACAUCUGACCUUAUGUCUUUAACAAUGAGGCAACUCUUUCUAGUGGCUUCUCUAACUUUCACCUGCAAUUCUCAAGACCUCAGGUCUCUGUGAGUGCUGGCGCUGCAACCAUAACUCUGACUUUUACUUUGUCUCUGCAGACUUUGGAUACCACGCAACCCCUUCUUCGGAGGCCAGCCACGACACCUAACUUGCUGACCCCGUCGCAUGCCCAUACUAUAAACCCUGUCGGAAUAGGAACCACCUACAGCGAACAUUUGAUCAACUUUUCCGUUAGCUUGGCCUCCCGUUGUCUCCUAAGUGCCCUUCUACAACUCAGGCGUGAUUAUAUCCGUUCUCAUUCCUCCACAACGUCGGACUCGUUCUCUAAGGAUCAACCGUCAGAAGAUUCUGCCUCUAUGGCUGCCAAAAAGUUGUCGGAAGGUGCCCUGCGGAACAAGGUAAGUUGCUGUCGUUUACCACUGCCCCAAAACCAUUAUGUCACCAUCACCCGUGCGUUGCAUUUACAACCUCCUUCGUCACUUAACCUUCUCUGAUGACAAGGGAAUGUCAGGACGACUGCAGGUAGACGGAGCCUCAUUGGUUGACAAAGGUGGACUGCCAUCCACGCGCGCUGCACACCCCUUGGCCUCCACUGCUAGCCAUUACCCCUCCCCCUGCCCCCGCCUUAAUUAUCCUCACUCCAACUUGUUGGACUACAUAUAUUCGCCUACUUGUUAUGUUUCAGUAACAUUUUAUGAUCGUUUUUCAUACGCUUGCGGAUCCACUGGUUACAUUGCGAGGGCGUGUCGGACCUUGUACGAAUGAGUGUCAUAAAGGCCACAUAAAAAGAAGCCACUUCAGUCAUGGUAUAACGUCCCUGAUCCAAUUGAGGACGAAACCCAAGAAGAAUUAGGGCAAUUUAUAGAAAAAUAAUGGGACGCGUAUUAAAUUGAACCUACUACAGUCCUCGCUAAUAGCCUAAUGUACAUAGGUAGGGCCGCAGGAGUUCUUGCUUAACAGCAAAGUCGACAGAAAGCCGAAGCUCGAGCGUCCUAUUUCGUUUCUUGGUUAGCUUUCUGGCGUUUUAAUGGGACCUCAGGCGUUGAAGUAGUCCAAACAUUCAAAUCCAGCGUUGCGAUUGAUCGAGAGGCAUUGUGAAAAGAAAAUAGAGCAAACUUGAGUCAUGAUCAUUCCACUUUAUUUGUAUCUAUAGCAUGUUUCUUAUGUUAAGUGAUUUUAUAAGAAACUCAAAUUAUAACAAACAAGGUACUACGUUUUAACUCCCCAGUAUGCAUAGUCAAGGUUGGUUCUGCAAACACCAACCCUAUAAAUAAUAAUAGCGACUGCGUGCGCGCCCCUGCAGGGCUAGUGGUGUAUAGGUUACAGUUUAUGACGUAGCAUGAAGAUUACAUAGAUGUAUGAAUCGGAAUUUUAAAAGAAGAACAAACUCCUGUUUUUUCGAAAAUAUUGUGCAUACUCACAUCUUCCUUGGCCUGUCUGAAAAAUUAAGUUUCCAAAUGACAUCGGUUGUUUUUGUGAAUAUUUUCCGUUUAUUUUAACGCCUUCUACCAAGAAAAACAUCAGGCAUUAACGCGUACAUACGGUCUGUGAUGCACGGUCAGAUGUGGUUAUGUAGCCCCACCUGAGGUGAACAAGCCCCAGUCCAUAACCCCUAACACCUAACAUUGACCCGACGCUAGCCCUUAACCACGGCCCUAAACCCUAACCCAACAGUACUGUGUCCAUCAGGUGGGGCCACAUAACAACAUCUUACCGUGUGCACAUUAAAAAUUGCGGGUAAGGAUAAGAGAGUGACCGCCCAGCACCAGUCGAAUUCACCUCCCGCCAGUCCUUAUUCGUCUGUGAAUUAUGCUUAAUGCAUUGUAUUUAUAUAUGUCACGGAGGGGGGACACCUAUCAACCUUUGCCUAUAGCACUCCGUAUGCAGAGGUCAAGUUGAUGUUACAUACUAAAUCGAGCGUCUUUUUCACAGACAGACAGGCCAGCACUGGCUCGAGCUGCUCAACGGCCGUCGGGCUUUGUCACCGGUCCGCUUGUCUGUGGGGUUGACCCUCAGGUGAACAUUAUGAUCCAGUGGAUUUCUGCCGCUGUCGCCUCCUCCACCCAACGGGCCAAUUCGGCCUCGCCUGCAGCCCCACUGACCUGCCAGUCUCCGCAAGACGCCGUCACCCGGCGUUCACGCUCCUAUCUCUCUCCUGUGGUUUUCGCCACCCAUGGCAAUCCGCAGCUCCAACAGGUUGUCCUUUUAUGGCCUCAUUCCUGUCUCUGAUUGGCUUCUCGUUUGCUUUAGUUUUGUCUCUGUGCGUGUGUGCAUCUGAUGGCUCCCACAACGGACUGCGUUGUAGACUUAUCAUGGAUGGAAACGGGGGCCUUACUGCAUCGCGGCGUGCGUUUAUCAGGCUGUGCAGGGCCCGCGCGUGCCCAUAGCCACUGACUGGCUCACUGGAGAGGGAGACACUGAUGCAUCCCUCACUUUAAAGGAGCUGAGGCGCUUGCAUCUCUCAUGGUGGGCUAAGAGUGGUGGCUUUGUGGGGAGGGGGGGGGGGUUUCCAUCUCAUAAGAUAACUCAGUCCUCCCCAGGGCUGAGAGUUAAGUCGCAGUAUCUCCUUGAUGUGACCAUUGUGCCUCCUGCGCGCUUGAAGUCCGAGCCGGCACUUCAGAAGCUAGGUAUGUUUAACGGCCCAGGUCGUGUGCCUGGCACGCGUAGACCGGUCGUGCAGUUUUGGCAGUCACCGCCGCCGACCCCACCUCCGGUCUUCUCGGCACUGUCUUGACCUCGAAGCAUGUCGAAAGAAGAAGGAGGAGUGCGAUAAGUGAUGUGUAAGUCUGCCUCGCUGCAAACUAAUCCACGCGCUACCCAUUUGGCGGGACACGCAGUGGAUGUUGUUGCUUGAGGCGGUCGAACUGUCUCGUGGUACCCGCGCGCACGUACGUGGCACGCUUUAGACAGGGGCCUCAUUCCUUCUCAGUCACUGCGCUCCAUCACUUUCCCACUGGGACUGGAGAGAGAGAGAGAGUGAGGGAGAGAAAGGUCAAUCCAUCUCGGCUCCAGCCUCAUUACACACUGCCAAACGUCCCUCGAAGCUGGCACAACUGGCCGCGCCUUGGGAAACUUGGAAUUCAGACUGCGAUGCCUCCCUCUCAAUUUGACCUCUGUGAUGCCCCCGAAGCUUGAAAUAUGUAGUUUGGUUUGUGGCACGCGUAGAAGGCCUGUUUAGAUGUGUAAUACACUGCAUCCCCGCUCCCAAAUUCGGCCAUGUUGACCUUGUCUUCCAUCAGUAGCAAGGUGAAGCCUGGUCGCCGCAGCGUAGUCUGCUCACCCGUAAACAAACGCAUUCUCUGAUCAUCACUGUGCCUCGUCUGAGGCCAGUGGAUAAAGAAAAGACAUAAAAUGAUGCUACUUAAAUAUAGGAAGUAGCAUGCUCUGUAACACAAAACUUUGGUUCAUGUGGUAGAGGGGAAAAUUUGCUAGUUUCUGACGUACAGUAGUCUUUGCCAAAUUUUGGUCCGAUGCUUCUUAGUCUACCAACGCUUUCAAAAGUAACUUUGUCUUUCGGUUCGUUGCGGUAUAUCGUUAUACGUCCGUUGAGAGUCCUUACGCACCUGCACUUUUGUUCGACUAGGUCUUUGCCAUUUAAGCUCAAUGCUUGCGCCGUAUUGGGUUACUGCAGUCUUUGCGGUGGACGAGAACAUUAUGGAGGGCCAUUCGAUUGUUCCUUUUCUCUUCAUUCGCUACCCUUAUGUCGGGGAAGAUACCGUUCAAAUAUUCAUUGGGGGUCAACACCCGAUCCCGUUUGAUGAGGACGGAGGUAUCGCCCCUCUACUGAGCCUAGAUUGUCGGUCUGAAAUACGGCGACAAUGACCACUUUAAGACCGUCUUGCUCGAGUCCAGGAAUCCGUAAAGUCAUCGGAAUGCCUCGGGGAAUUGCUUCCGCGAAAAUCUACGGAAAAACUAUCUUUUGCUCGCCUUUGGGCGGUGGCGAAUAGGAAGGCGUAUUUCGGUUUAAGAAAGUUAAUAGUUGAGCAUUUUUGACGACCACAUAUUCACAUGAAAUGUGUAUUAAUUUAUUUGCGCCCCUUGUCCGGUUUAUAGAAUAAAAACCGUUUAAUAUCACUUCGGCCGACGCGAACGAGGAUGCCCAUCGCUGCCCAACCAGGUGGGUCCAGCAGCGGUGACUUUCGCAGCUUUCGCCGCACCCUCACCCACCUGGCAAGGCAAGGUCAGGACGACCGAAGGCGAAAUCGGGCGCAGUGGCUGACAGAGCUAACUGCCCCGUCUACGCGGGCCACACACACGCCCGGUCCACUCACAAGCUGAGCGAGGGUUCCAUAAAGGCCAAAUUAAAAACAAACAACUGCAGCUUGACUCUCCGUCCUGAGGGGAAGACCAAGUUAUCCCGCGUCAGUUGGCAGCCUUCCAUGCCAGGGCCUGUAACGCAUCAUGAUAAUUUAAAAAGCGCUUCAGAUUGUUUAUAAUGAAGAAUGUGUGCGGUUUGUUGUUGGGACACAGCCUCCAAAAUCCACCUCUCGCUCUUCCCUCAUGUACCAAUUCGCCGUUCGAGCCUGUCUCGGGCAUCUGAUGUUGGGAUUGGGCCCAACUGGCUGACGUGGCGUUCGCCCGUGCCUAGACGCACCGCCGCACCCCACCCCACUCCCAUGUGUGGCAUUUGUUUGACUCGCAGGGACUCUGCGCAGUGAAAGGCCAUGCUGUCUCAAGCCGAUUAAUCUUGGAAGCUCACUUGAGUACGGUUUUUUCUGCACGAAAACCUGAAUACUUUUUCUCUUUUAAAGGGGGGUCUUUAGAUAAUAUACAGUAGGCGGCGUAACUCGUGAAACAGUAAGUAAUAUCUCGAAAUAUCACCUCGAUGAGAGGGUAUUACCUAGGUGGGUUGUAGUCAUGGCAGGGUUCCGGCGUGCAAGAGUCAUGUACGUACAGUAGGUGGGCUAACUCAUGAAAUGUCAACCGAAAUUCCGAAAUGUGUUUUCGUUUCGAGAAGAUUAAUUAAAUAGAGUUGUAAAACUAAUCAUCAUGCAGCAUAAUUCUAUAAUAAUUCGGUUACCUCAGGAUGCCGGCUUUCGAACGUAUUCUUUCCGGCUUCAUGUAGAAAAUGACUGCUUCAGUAGCAUGCAUUUUUUCUCAUUGAUUUCCGAUGCCCUUAAAAAAUCAAUUAUAUUUUAUGGAAAACAUGCAGAAAAAUAAUCAUUCUUUUGCUCAUGCGGUAGAAAAUUACUCGAAGGAGAGACAUAAUUCGGUUUUAAAAAAGUUUCUAACUGUGGGACUUUUAAAUACCGUGAAAUGGCCCUUUAUAAAUCGUCAUGUCUCUGCAUUUACUAAUAUGGCUUGUAAAGUUAACAAUAUGGAUCAAAUCCACUGCUAAAAUUUUAUGAACCCUAUAUAAUCCCCCUUAUUGCCGUAGAGAAAUGUGUGGUUUUCUGUACGCGGAAAAUAUACGGCUUGUAGUUUUGAAACCCUGAAUCCAGGUUUAACGGCAGGUGGGGUUCAAAAUUAUUCGGGAAUUGGAAAAAGUUUUUGAAAACCGAAUUAUACCCUUUCUUCGAGUAUAAAACUGGAAGAAGGCAUAACUUUCUGCCGAAUGAGCAGAAGAAUGAUUAUUUUUCUGCAUGUUCUUUAUGAACUGUAAUUUAAUUUUUAAGGGCAUCGGAAAUCACUGAGAAAAAUGCAUGCUACUUAAGCAGUCAUUUUCUACAGAGUAUAGCUUUUGCAUGAAGCCGGAAAGAAUACAUUCGAAAGCCGGCAUCCUGAGGUAACUGAAUUAUUAUAGAAUUAUGCUGCACGAUGAUUAGUUUUACAACUCUAUUUAACUAAUCUUUUCGAAACGAAAACGUAUUUCGGAAUUUUGGUUGGCAUUUCAUGAGUUAGCCCACCUUAUCUAUUUUUUUCGAUGACCUUAUAAACCCAAACAUACCUUAUAGAAAGCACACACGAAAAUACCCCCUUAUACGCAUUUUUUAGCGAAUUAUGUAUUUUCCAAUUUUUUCCCUCGAAGAAAGAGUUUCUUUCGGUUUUAGACAAGUCUGUGCUGUCUCAUUAAAUGUUAACCGAAAUUCUUGAACGUGUCUUCCAUUAGGAAAGAUUGCUUACGUAGGUUCGUAAGACUGACUAUCGCGCGGGCUGAUCAAAAGAUAUUUCGAUCACGUCAGAAUGCCGGCUUUUUUUGCGCGCCUCUUUCUGGCCGCCUGCGAAAACUACACUUUGCAAGAAGGGACUACGCAAGUAGUCUUAUUUUUUCCCGCUGAUUUUCGAUGCCCUUAUACAUUCCAGUAUACUUCAUAGGAAACAUGCGAAAAAAAACUUUUUUCUUGUGCUUAUUGGGUGACAAGUUGCAUCUUCGAAUCUUAUGCCUGAAGAAUGAGUACUUUUCGCCUUUAAAAAGUUUCUAAUUAUGGGAUUUUUAAAACCGUGAAAUGUCUACCCAUAAAGCAUCUUAUCCGUCCGUUUAUUGGUGCCGCUCGUAAAUUAUCGGCGACAUUUCGACCGUCGUUGCCGACGAUGUCCACCGUGUGCUCCACAACAAGUUGAGAGCAGGGACGGUGACUUGUGCAUAAAUUAGUUUAUAGUGAAUGUAGACUUGCACAGCGUCUACCGCACUCUCUCCGCACGUCUGUGAAAACUACACUUUGCAAGAGAUGACUGCGCAAGUAGUCUUAUUUUUCCCGCUGAUUUUCGAUGCCCUUAUACAUUCCAGUAUACUUCAUAGGAAACAUGCGAAAAAAAACUUUUUUCUUGUGCUUAUUGGGUGACAAGUUACGUCCUCUAAUCUUAUGCCUGAAGAAUGAGUACUUUUCGCCUUUAAAAAGUUUCUAAUUAUGAGAUUUUUUAAACCGUGAAAUUUCCACCCAUAUAAAAUCAUAUCCGUCCAUUUAUUGAUGCUGUUUGUAGAUUAUCGACGACAGUUUGACCGUCAUUGUUGACGAUGUCCACCCUCUGCUGCACAUGAAGUUGAGAGCAGGGACGGCGACUUGUGCAUGAAUUAGUGUAGAGUUAAUGUAGACUUGCACAGCAACUACCGCACUCUCCACCCCCACCUGGGCCCGGUGUCAAGACAAAGUCGAGAGUACCGGAGGCGUGGGGUGGAGGGUGCAAAUGGAUGACACAGUCGAGCUGGCACCUUGACGCUCCACUCCACAGCACCUGACCCACACAGUGAAUGACCGGGUUUUUGACCAAAAAAAAACAAUCGGAGUGAGCGGCAGGAGACCCAGUGUGCACGACUUCUGCUGGUAACCGGGUCUGCCAACGCACCUCGAAGUGUUGGCAUUUGUUAUGGUGCGCAAAUCCGAUAACGCCUGCCAGAAUCCGAAAUGGCCCCCCGAGUUUGUCCAGUGCAUCUACCACGUGGUCCGUUUUGGGGGGCACUCUUGUAAAGUGUAAAACAUGGUCUACAGUCACUGCGAAAUUUUAUGAGUGCUAUAUGACGUCUUAAUAACAGAAAUGAGUGAUUUUCCCUGCAGGGAAGGUAUCCGGCUCGUAGUUUGUGGACCUUGAAGACGGGAAUUGCGAAGGUUCUGUAAGACCGAAAGAUGCGCUUUCAUCAAAUAUGUAAUUUGAACAAGACGUAAUUUCGUACAACAUGAGCACAAGAAUGGAUAUUUUUGUGCAUACUUGCCAUAGAAUGUAUCUGAAUGCAUAGGCACAUCGAAAGUCAAUGAGGAAAAUUCUUACUACUUGAGUGGUCAUUUUUUACAAGGUUUACUUUUUUCGGACGACUGGAAAGAAGCCCUCCGGCAUUCUGACGUGACCGUAAUAUCUCAUGAUUAUGUCGCGCGAUAGUUAGUCUUACGACCACACGUAGGUAAUCUUUUAUAAUCGAGGACACAGUUCAGAGUUUCGGGUAAUAUCCGAUUUAUGUAGCAUCAUACCUGUCCGUUUAUUGAUGCGCUUCAUGAACUAUGCGACGUGGUCCAUAUUCAUUGGAAAAUUUCAUGAGACCUGUAUGGGAUCUUCUUAAAAAUACAUAGGAAUGCAUGAUUUCCUCCAAAUUAAAAGUAUCCAGCAUGUGGUUUGGAAGUACCAAACUCGAGUGAAACGACAGAGCACGUUCCAAAUUAUUUGUGAAUUUAAAAUCCUUUCAAAACCGGAAGUCACUUCUCCUUUGAGUCGAAAAUUUGAAGAAGCAACUUUUCUGCGACCUGGGUGUAAGAGAAUAAAUAAUAAUAGUAGUGGUAGUAGUAGUAGUAGUAGUAGAAGUGGCAGUAGUAGUGGUGGCAGCGGUAGUAGUGGUGGUGGUGGGGGUGGUAGUAGUAGUAGUAGUAGUAGUAGUAGUAGUAGUAGUAGUAGUAGUAGUAGUAGUAGUAUUAGUAGUAGCAUUAGUAGUAGUAAUGAUACUAAGGUAUCCUGAUAAUCAGUUUAAGAAUGCAUACUGUUCAAGUGGUUGUUUUGCGAGUGCGGUUUCUAUGGCCGGUAGGAAGAACUUGGAAUUAGGCUGCGUGAUGAUACUUCAGGCGUCGUUGCCGAAGAUGCCCUCCAUGUGCUCCAGAGCAAGGCGGAAGCAGACACGAGGACUUGUAUGUGGUAGCAGACUUACGCAGCAUCUAUCGCACUCUCUCCCCCCCCCUCCCCCGCCUGAGCCCGAUCGAAACAGACAGGACAACAGGCUCGUGGCCCAGUGUUUAGAGGCGUGAACUUCUAACUAACUGAUCUCGAGUUCGAGCCUCGGGUGUUCCACACUUCGGGCUUGGGUAUGGCUGGCUGACGACGGCUAAUAAGCCAGAAAUGGCCAUUCCAGUCUCCCUUGUCUUUGUCGGCAAUAACAUACUACUUGUACGUUAGUUUAUAGUAGUAGCAGACUUGCGCAGCGUCUACCGUACUCUCCCCUCCUCUCCCGCCUGAGCCCGGUGUCAAGGCGUAGUCUUGCAGACCGAAGGUGGGAGAGGGCGCAGGUGGCUGGCACGACCGAACCCCCACCUAGGCGUACCACCCGCACACUGCUCCACAACAAAGACCUAGCAAUGUGCUGCACAGCCAGGUGCAGCAGGUACGGCGACUUGCGCAUGAAGUACUCUAUAGUGAGGGUAGGCUUGCGCAGCAUCUACCGCACUCCCCCAUCCCCACCUGAGCCCCGUAUCAAGACAUAGCCAUGAUGAUCGGAUGCGGGAGAGGGCGCAGGUGGCUGGCACGGUCGGACUCACAGUUAGGCGUACCGCCACACCCUCUGGUCCGCAACAAACACUUGACCAGGAAUCUAGCCAACAGCAAAAAUGGGUCAGAAAGAGAAGGAUGGCACAAGUCAGCAGACAACAAUUCACCACAAGCGCAUCCACAGGCAGGGGACCGGAUGCCAGCACACACACACCAGGCCACCCAUGUAAUGCUUCCUCGUUGAGUUGAUAUAAUCAGAAUUGUUGUGAUACAGUAGGUGGGCUAACUCGUGAAAUGCCAACAGAAAUUCGGAAAUGCGUUUUAGUUUCGAAAAGAUUAAAUAAGAAGGGUUGUAAAACUAGUCAGCCUGCAACCUAAUUCUAUAAUAAUUCAGUUACCUAACGAUGCCGGCUUUUGAGCGAACUUCUUCCCGACUGCACACAAAAACAACAUUCUGUAAAAAGUGACCUCUUAUGUAGCAUGAAUUUUUCUCAUUGAUUUUCGAUGUCCCUAAAAGUCCAAUUAUACUUCAUAGAGAACCUGCACAAAAAAUAUUCAUUUGUUUGCCCAUUCAGUAGAAAAUUACGUCUUCUUUCAAUUUUAAACUCGAAGAAGGGUAUCAUUUGAUUUUUAAGAAGUUCCUAACUGUAGGACUUUAAAUACCGUGAAAUGGCCGUUCAGAAAUCGUCAUGUCUCUGCAUUUACCAAUGUGGCUUGUAAAGUUGACAAUGCGGAUCAAAUCCACUGCUAAAUUUUAUGAAUCCCAUAUGGUCCCCCUUUAUUACAGCAGAGAAAUUUAUGGUUUUCCAUACGCGGAAAUUAUACGGCUUGUAGUUUGGGAACCCUGAAUGCAAGUGUAACGGCAGGUCGGGUUCAAAAUUAUUCGGGAAUUGGAAAAGUUUUAUAAAACCAAAUUAUUUCCUUCCUUUGAGUAUAAAAUUGGAAAAAGACGCUAUUUUCUACAGACUGUGCAAAAGAAUGAAUAUUCUUAUGUCUGUCAUGCAUGAAAUAUAAUGACAUCCUUAAGGGCAUCGAAAAUCAAUGAAAAAAUGCAUGCUACUUAAGUAGCCAUUUUUACGGAGUAUGAUUUUUAGAUGCAGCCAGAAAAAAGUUUGUUCGAGAGCCAGCAUUCGCGGGUAAUUGAAUUGUUAGAGAAUUAUGUUACAGGCCGGCUACUUUUACAACCCCAUUUAAUCAAUCUUUUCGAAACGAAAACGCAUUUCGGAAUUUCUGUUGAUAUUUCAUGAGUUAGCCCAUUUACUGUACGUACAAAAAUGGAUAGGCCACCGACACGUCCACAUUGUGUGCACUUUGUGUCUGACCUAGAGAUAUCUCCUGCUCCUCUUAACGUCCAGCUGCCGUCUGUUUGUAGCUGAACGCCAUUGUGAACGCGAUCGGCGCGGCUGGCUGGAACGCGGACCAUCUACUGCGCAGCCUGUUGGAGUACUCCGAAUACCGCUCACGCCUGCUCUCCGGCGGUCCGAGUUCACCGAAAAUUGCCGCUGGCCACGGCGAUGCACCCCCCUCUGCGCCGCCCUCCAACCCCCCCUUGCGUGUCCUGUCCUUCUUCGACUUCCUCCUCUCCCGCUUUUCCGACCGCACGGCGCGUACCCUGCCCAUCUAG